AUGAAGACGUUAAGAACCUGCGCCAUCUUGGCAUUUCUAGCAGUCGCGAGUGCUGUGCCGCACCAACGCACCAACUCUGCGCCCACUCCACGGAUUGCCGGUGGCGAGGAGGCGGCCGACGGCCAGUUUCCCUUUCAGGUGGCACUCAUCAACGAGGGUUUGGUGUACUGCGGCGGAACCGUGCUUAACCGGCGCUGGGUACUGACGGCCGCCGCCUGCAUCACCGGAAAAGCGCUCUCGGAUGUGCAGCUGUUCGUCGGCAGUGCCGAUCGGCUGGAAGGUGGCCGCAAUGUGACCGCGGAACGGUUCGUGCUCCAUCCCGACUUUGACUCGCAAACGUACGCGAACGAUAUUGCGCUGGUGCGUUUGGUGGAGUCGCUCACCUUUUCCGGUGUCCAGCUGCAGCCGAUCCAGCUCGAAACGGAAUUCUUCGCAACGGCCACCAAUGCGACCGUGUCCGGUUGGGGGCGAUUCUCGAUUUCAAACAAUCAACUCCCGACUCGUCUGCAGUUCAUCCGCACGGACAUCAUCGGCAGCGAGGAGUGUGCGGACCAGUUCGAGGAGCCGUACCGCACCCGAAUCUCGGACCGCACCAUCUGCACCAGCAAUCAGGCCAACCAGGGCGUCUGUCUGGGCGAUGCCGGCGGUCCACUCGUGCUGGACGGUGUGCUGGUCGGUGUGCAGUCCUGGAGCGUCCCGUGCGGUAUGGGACUGCCCGAUGUGUACGAGCGCGUAUCGCACCACCGUGCCUGGAUUCUGGCCAUUACGCUGCUGUAG